AUGACUAUCAGCGCCAAGCACCGGGACACCGAGUUGGAGCUUCAAGAAUAUUGGAGAAUGACGACUUUCAGCACCCCCCGCCUUACUGGAGGUGACAUCGGCGUCAUCGCUGGUUAUUUCAUCCUUGUCAUAGGUAUCGGCCUGUUGGCUAUGUUCAGGUCAAAAAGAAACACCAUCAGCGGCUACUUUCUUGCUGAGAGGUCAAUGUGGUUUCUUCCAAUCGGCGCGUCUCUGUUCGUGAGCAAUAUAGGAACGGAACAUUUCAUCGGGCUGGCUGGUUCUGGUGCUGCAAAUGGAAUCGGUGUUGGAGCAUGGGAGCUCAGUGCUCUACUGAUCCUGCAGAUAGCUGGAUGGAUAUUCAUACCUGUUUACAUAUCGUGCGGGACUUACACAAUGCCGCAGUAUCUCGCCAAGAGAUUUGGUGGAAAUCGACUGCGGAUCUAUUACGCAGUAUUGAGCCUUAUUCUCUCCAUGUUGACAAAGUGUUCGGGGAAUCUCUACACAGGUGCGUUGUUCAUCCAACAAGCUCUCAACUGGGAUAUAUACGUCAGCAUCGUGCUGCUAAUCGUUGUUACUGCCGUCCUCACAUUUACAGGUGGUCUGACAGCUGUCAUCUACACAGACACACUGCAGGCUACAGUGAUGAUCGGAGGGGCCCUCUACCUCAUGGGAGCAGGUUUCUAUGAAAUCGGUGGGUUCUCGGGGCUUCUGGAGAAGUAUCCCCAGGCUGUUCCAACCAACGUGACUGCCAUUGUGCCUGGUACCACCUGUCAUCAUCCAGACAAGCAGGCGUUCCGCAUGUUGCGUGGGGCAACAGAUGACUACGUGCCAUGGGUCGGCUUCCUUCUUGGACAGACAACAGGGUCCAUCUGGUACUGGUGUGCUGACCAGGUGAUCAUUCAGCGAGCCCUGGCGGCCAAGAGUGUAUCGCAUGCUCAAGGGGCCACACUAAUGGCUGGUUUCAUCAAAAUACUUCCUCUGUUCAUCAUGGUGAUGCCAGGAAUGAUCAGCAGAAUAUUGUAUCCAGAUGAUGUUGCAUGCACCAACCCAGACUACUGUAUGUCGGUGUGUCAGAGCAGAGCAGGCUGUUCCAACAUCGCUUACCCCAGACUGGUCCUGGGGCUUAUGCCUGAUGGUGCCCGGGGGCUGAUGAUGGCUGUGAUUGUAGCAGCCCUCAUGAGUGACCUCGACUCCAUCUUCAACAGCGCAAGUACGUUAUUCACCAUUGAUAUAUGGAAGCGGAUCAGGAAGGCGGCCUCGGUUACCGAACAGAUGCUAGUUGGCAGGGUGUUUAUUGUGAUAAUGGUUGCCGUAUCCAUAGCAUGGGUACCCGUGAUUAAAGAAACCCAAAAAGGUCAGGUCUUCAUCUUCAUCAACGAGGUAACCAACUACUUCACCCCUUCUUUCGCUGCUGUGUUUCUACUGGCUGUGUUAGUUCCCAGGGUCAAUGAAAAGGGUGUGUUCUGGUCUCUGAUGUACGCCUUCGUGGUCGGGGCGGUGCGUCUGGUCCUGGUUCUGUCUUUCCAGGGGGAAGGCUACUGUGGAGCAUCAUCAACCACGACGAUACCUGCAGUUGUGAGGAACAUGCACUACAUGUACUUCGCUCUGUUCCUCUUCCUGUCCACUGGUCUGAUAGCUCUUGUCAUCAGCUUCUUGACAACGCCUCCACCAGAGGAAUGCCUGCAAAACACUACCUUAUGGAGUUACCGAGACAAAGUCAAAGCCUUCAGCGACGGGAGUAAGAACAUUGAUGCUAACCUGAAGAUGAUCAACAGCACCGUCGGUAAGGAAGUGGACUCCAUUACGCCGCACGACGACGCUGCUCCACCGACGGUUACCGUGAAGUCUAAUGUGGAAGAGACGUAUGUUGACCUGCUUCAGACAGAAACUACAGCAACGAGGAGCGUUGCCAGGAGAAUGUUCAACUACGUGUUGGGUAUUGACAAAGUCCAGGAAAGCACCGAGAACGAUGAGGAGUUCCAUAAUCACGUGUUCGCCCUUGCUGCCCUCAAACAGACCAGGCUGGAGAAAGUAGUAUUGACCAUUGGCCUCCUGAGUAUACUCUCGAUUGCAGUAGCCAUGUUCGUUUUCUGGUCUGUCUAUAACUUCGACACAAACGAAUUCUAUCCCGAAGGUGCCGAGGAUCUUCUCCCUGGUGAUGAACAGUUUCUUCACAAUUCUAUGAAUCACACAGCCAAAUACAUAUCGGACACAGUCCUCGGCAACAGAACUCUGGUAUAA